GGAGCAGUUUCUCUCACAGAAUGUCCUCUGAGAGUUUUUUCAGCCUGCUCUGAUCUCCAGCUUUUGUUGCAAUACCAACACCGAGUUUAUGCAACAGAAACUGGCUCCUAAAGGUAGGUCCUAGUAAUUUUUAAGUCAGUUGUUUAAAUUCAAUGUUGCCACUGUUGUGACAGUAUUUGUUUUUAAAUUAAAUCUGAGUUUUCACGGGAAUUCUGUAUGUUGUAAUGAAAGGUAGAAAAUGUUCCUUUUCAGGAUGUGUUGCUCUCAUUCCAAAGAUGCAAAGUAAUAGUGUUGCUUCGGUUUGUUCUUAAUCUACUUUUGCAUGUUUGGUUUCUUCUUUAUUACACUGUUUCACAUGUGUACAUGUUACAUAUGUUCUUCUGCCUGUCUGAAAUGCACUUUCCAAGCCACGAGCUUCCUUGUGUCAGUCAUACCAGAGCUGCUACUGACUGCUGGUAUCCGUAAUGAGUGCAGAGAUGAAGCCAGUCAGAAUCUCUUCUCACCCUGAUGUUUGUGCAGCAACCAAAGGGGAUACUGACAAUUCAUUUCCCAUCCUUGUUAUUUUAUAGUAUACUGUGUUAGAAGCUCUUAGGACUGCUUCAUUAUUAUUAUUAUUUAUUUAAUAUAAUAGAGAUGCAGUUUUGUUUCCUUCUGCUUGUUAUCUUGAAUUCUGUUUGAAAGAAAGUUGAUGAUGAAAUUAGGUAUUACAUGUAUGUAGGGCUUUAAAAAUUACUUAUAACGGGUUCACUUGAGGAAAGUAAAGGCUUGUUUUGGCUGGUUUCCUGAUUCCCUGCCUUUUGUAAAGUGUUCUUUUUCCAAAAUAAGUAGUAAUUAUUAUGUGAAUUUUGGAGGGGUACCAUAACUGUUCUAUAGCUCUCACUGCUGCAGCUUAGCAUGAAGUAUGUCUUUGUUUAAAUCUGCACAUUUGGGAAAAUCACAAACUGUUAAUGUGCAUUUGGUGAUAGUAAACAGAGGCUUGAAUUCCACAGAAUGAUAAAUUCAGUUCUAGAAUCUGCCACCAGAAGGAAAAAAGGAAAACAGAAAAAAUCAACGUGUCAUCUCCAUUGCUCAUCAUUCUGUGUGAUAAACACGUUCUGCAUGUUCAAAUGCUUUCCAGAUUUUUUUUUUUUUGAAGGAAUACCUUUCCUGUAAUCUCUGCGUGUUCUAGUAUCUGACAUGGGUCAUAGCUUUAGGUGGAACUCAGCUGGGUGUGUGCAGCUGAUGUGGAGCUGGGAGGAAGCCUGUGCUCCUGCCUUGCUGUUUGCAUCUCCUGUCCCCAGCUCUGACUUCUUGGUAAGUUUAUUCAGCUCACUAAACUAGCAGGAAAUAAAGCCCUUCUCCUCCCCUUCUCCCAUUCCCCCCCAAGUGCUAAUUCUGUGAGCUGAAUUUGCUCCUGUGAGCCAAAGGGCAGCGAUGUUGACAGGCUGCGUGAGAGCACUGGGAUGGGGAGGAAAGUGCCCUCCCUGCUUCGGUGGCAGUUUGAUUUCUGGUUCAUUUGUCUAUGUAAAAUGUCACCUUCAGAAAUCGCUUGUCCUCCCACUGAUAGCAGGAACACUGUAUCAUGACCUCUGUCUGGCUCACUGUACAGGAAAGCAGGCAUGAACUUGCACUUGAUGCAGGAUCAGAUUUUCACUGCCUGGUUAUCUGCUGAAUGUGGAAUGCUCCUGAGAGGAGGACAGGACAGAGGGAUGGCCCAGCCCAUGUGAUGAUUUGCAUCCUGAAACAAACAAGCCGGGAAGCUGCUUGUACUCAUCUGCUAUUAGAAAGUUCAAUGCGUCUUUCUGCCCAGCAUGUUGUACUUCAUGGGAGUUCCAGAAGCCUUGGGAACCUGCUUGCUGCUUGUCUUUUUCUUAGCCACAAAUCAAAAAACUUUCAGUUCAAGAAUCUCAUGCUUUCAUUCCAAAGCAUUGUGGACAUGGUGUUUUAUGCAUUUCUUAAAGUUGUUCAUUUGUAACACAGUUAAUACCUACAGGCUCAAGUCACUGUUUCAGUGUUUGGUGUCUUACAAAACAAAGCAAGCUAAGCGCUAUUUAGAGUUCCCAGUGUAAGGCCAGAGAAACAUGACAAACAGCUAGAGGAGAAAAGGAAACAUACUGUGGUGGCUGUCAGGAUGAACAAUGGUUUUGGCACACCUGCUGCCUAACUGCUGAGCUUUUCUAUGCUUGGCAGGAAAGGAACGAUUUGGAGGAUAACAGAAUGAUUUUGUAGAUGUUUUUGGUACGUUUCCAUCUUCUCCUAGGGAGAUAUAAUGGGAGCCCUUGCUUUAAAACAUAAUGUCUGGUGCAGGCUGUUAUCAUCAAACACGGGCAGGAUUUACUACUGUGCUUAGAAAUGGGCACGUCAGGGUUGUGCUAGACCUAAAGGCCCUUACACGUGAAUGCAGGAAGAGUGGGGCACAACAGGAGGGUGGAAUACUUCAUGGAGUCAGAGCAAAUUAUGCUCAUGUUAUGCUUCUGAAUAAAUCAAAACAAACUACUUUUAUGCAAGAAAAAUAGUAGAAUCUGAGUAAUCGAGGAGCAAAAUGAAGGAAGCUGAAGCAUGUGUGGGAACGUGUUGGAGUGUGGCACGGUGUUCAGCUCUACCAAGAGCCAAGUGAUGUUAAUCAGUCGCUGUUACUCCUGGGAGUUGUCACAGAUGUAAGCUCUGAGAUUACUUCUUCCAAAGAGUUGUGUGUUGCUGCUACGCCGUUUCACACACUUUCCAGUUCCAUCUUUUUCAGAUUCUCAUGUUUUGGAUAAUAAGAAUGUUUUGACUGAUCUGUUAAUGCAUGUGUAACUCCACGUUUUUCUUCAAAUUUCAAAUUUAAGCCAGCUCUUUGCUCCAGAAGAUUUGUAUUUGUAACCAGCGGGUUCCUGGAUCAGCAUAGUGUGUUGGAAUUGAGGAACUUGAGGGAACUGGGGAAAAAAAAAUGUGGAAGAAUUUCCUCCAAGCCAACAGAGAAAACAUGCCCAACAUCACACAUUUUUGGAUCAAGCUCAGAAUAGUUUCACUUCAAAUGCAAUGACUUCAUCCUGAUUGACCAGAAGUGUAAGAUUUUUCCAGGUCAGCCACUUGGUUGCGUGUGCAUGCACAUGUGUGUAUGAUUUAUUCAUCAGAGGAAGGAUGCACAGGCUCUUAAUCUGGAUAGAAUCUUCUUAUUUUUUCCUGUUUCCCUUACAGGUGUGUGUAGGGAAGAGAGAGAUGUUGUAAUGUUGGUUAAGCAAUGGAUAAUAAGAAGAAUAAUACUAAGUAGUAUUGCAUCUGACCGCAUUCUUCUGGUAUUGGAGGAGAAUAUAGUAUCUGGGGUUUCUUAACAAAGCAUUUCUUGUGGCGUAAUGCAGUGGCUGAAAAUAUCAUGGUAUGUCAACGCCUUCUCAGUAAGGAUAGCUUUUGCCCAUGUCAGAUAAUAGUUUUGUGAAGGCUGCUCAUUCCAAGGAGACAGGACAAAAUCUGAUUUUGCUUUUUUGCCAUCCUCCUGAUGUUCUGGAUCUGCGCUUGUUGUUGUACCACGCUGCUAAUCUUCCUCACGCCCUGUUCUGGCACGUGUGAGAGUUGUAUCCCUUCAGCAGCUUUCCGUGUUGCCAGCGUAUUGUCUGGAGAUUUCUGGGGAAAACAAGUUGCAUUGUUCUGUGUAAGAAUGCUUGGAGACCUGGGCCUGGAGCACAUCAACCACUCUUGUUCUGACAGGAUUUAGCAGGAGGAGGUGUGGGCAGCGUGGGGUCAGGUGUGAGGAAGCCUGAGCCUUCCCCUUUGGAGGGCCCCCUAAAAGGUUUUAACAUCAGCAAAGAUAAAUUUUAAUUUAAAUAAGAACCAGAUAUAAAUCUAGUCAUUUUAAAGUGAAAAUUCCUGAGAACUAGGAAGGCAAAACAAAGCUAUGCUUGUGUGCAGCUUUCCUGUUGCCUGCUGUGAUUCUGCUUCCCAGCCUGUCAGUCACUUUAGGGGCCUCAUAAGUCUGGCAGAAAUUGUGUUGUGUCUGAGGCCAGCUCAGGCCUCUCUCUGGCCUGUAGUACCUGCGGGCCCUGGAGCAGUCUCCACAGCAUCUUCCUGAGGUGGUACAGGGCUAUAUCCAUGCCCCUGAAGGUGCUGAAUGGCACAGCCACACUCUUACAGGCCUUAGGGGAUCCCAGGCAUAGUUAGAAGCAAGGAAGUAAACACUUAUGUAAACAAUGUCAUCUCGAGACCAGCAAAACCCCCAUCCCUUGCUGUGUGCGAUGGAGCAGAAGAGCCCUUCAAGCUGCUGUCAUGCCUUGCCUGAGCCCUUUCCCCAUAGCGUCUCUGUUUCAGCCCCCAGCUUCGUUCCCUGGGGUGCUCUGGAGGAGCACAAGAGACACCAGUUUAGGCUGGGUGCUUAACUCUACAAGGGGAAAAAAAAAGCAACUCAGCGCUUAGUUCAGAAUGGUAAAUUAUUCUGUGCUUUCUAAAUUUCACAUGUUCUGGGCUGUACUAAGCUAGAAACAGUGUAAUCCUGUGUGCAUAGCAUGGCAGCAUGAAUGGUGGUCACUGGAAUGUUACGAAGUUUCAGCCAGAUAGCCUUGUCUGUAGUUUCCCAAGUGAUUUCACCCAUUGGUGUGCCAUCAGUCUUGGGACAUGACAGAAGUAACUACUUUUCAGUUAAAUUCAAACCCACAGCAGUGUUGAAAUAGCUGAACACUACUGAAAUAAGUUAAACUAAAUCUCUUAAGGUAAGCAUCCUUUUAUUUAGAGCCCAGGCUAAAAUCUUGUCUGAAGCUCAGAAAGGCUUCUGUUCCCUCUAGCUACUCUUUCAAUGUAGAAGUCAGUGGCUUAAAAAGUUGUUGCCUGGGCAGUGCUGUUGGGCCAGGCCUUGCUUUUUGGUACACAAGGAUGUGGGUCUUCCUUCACACUUGCUCUUUUUCAUCGUUUCAAAAUAACAGCAAUUAAAAAAAAUACUUAAGGAUGUUUUUCUCUCCAUGUGUACCAGCUGGUUAAAAAUAUUUUAACUUCUUAGGACACGCACAGAAUUCUGUUUUGAUAUUUGACAGGCUUCUUUCGAUUGCAAGGAAGGAACUUUUUGAACUGCAUCUUUACAUUCUCUCCUGCUGGUGAGCAAUCUGCAAAUAAUGUGCAGAGAUGGCUUUGGUGGUGUGUACCUCCUCCUGAGCACUUUCUGUUUGUUUUGAAGGAAGCUUCUGGUGCCUCUCAGUAGUGUCGUUUCAUCACCAGGCAGAGCAAAAAUAAAUCAAAGCUGUUGGCAUCGUUCUUCUUUUACUUUCCCCAACACCCAACCAGUCUGUUCAGCUUGUGUUAUAGCGCAUUUGCACAGCUUCUGCUUCUGUGACCCGUUAGGACAGAGCCUGCUUGUACUCAACAAGAAUCUCUUUCAUGCUUUGUGGAUCUCUUCAGGCCACAGCAGGACACGGUAUAAUCCUUUUUACACUUGGUAGUUUUGCAGUAUUUCUCUGGUGAGGAUGGAGUAACCUUUCCAAAUGAAGACAGUAACAUCUUCACGAACCUAUAUUUGAUACAGAAUAUUUGUAUAACAGCUUUUGCACUUCAUAGAAUGAACAGCUUUUUAUUUUUUUCUUCAGCAAAUCCCAAGAUUUUAAGGCAUUAAAGUCUGUAUGGAAAGAGUUGUAUAAGUUUAUAAAAUUAGCAUGGAAGCAGUUGCCUAAUAGUAGCUUCUGUUAAGGCUAAUACCAAUGAUCUUUAAAAAAUAUCUUAGGAAUUUGAAUUCAGAUUUUGCAUUGAAGGACAUCAAUUUUGUCCAAGUCUGUAUCAAAAUCUAACAGCUUCACCUUGCUUUCUGUUCCAACAUAAAAUAAAGGAGUUGUAUUUCUGAAAACUUCCUAAUGGGAUACAAUCUGCUUUGCUCACGUAAAACCUCCAUCUGUGUGUACUAUGCCUUUUAUGUCAUGUUUUAGUUCCUGAAGUGCAUGUCUUACUAAUGUGUUGUAUGUAAGUAUGCUUAUAACAGCAUAAACAUAUUUGUUUACAAGUACGGGUGGUAUGGUCCAGUUUGUCCUCCAUUAGAAUCAUAGAACCCUUAGAACUGGAAGGGACCUUUUGAAGAUCAGGACCUGAUUCAGGCUCGUCUUGAAAGUCCCCAGGGACAGGGCAUUAACCACAUCUCUGGGCAACCUGUUCCAGUGCCUCACCACCCUCACUGCAAAAUACUUUUUCCUUAUAUCUAACCUAAACUACCCUCUUUGAGCUUGAAGCCAUUUAAAUUAGGAUGAUGGUCAUGCUUUAAAUGUGUUAUGAUUAUGUUUAUAGAUGAAAAGUUGUAUUGUAAGAAUACUUUGAUCUUUUGUUGACCACUUUACUUAUCUUGUUAUUUAAAUUGAUGAUGUCAAAACUUAAGCAAAAUAAGUUGUCUAUUUGUAAGGGGUUUCUCAGUGAAAGUAGAAUUCCUGGUGCUGGAGGUAGUUGCAUGUCCUGUUAUACAUGAGUUCCUUUUCUGUAUUUGCAGGAAUUGUGGCGUGACUUUGUCUGCAUUUGAUAUUUAGCCGUGAGCUCAGGGCUGUUGUGCAUUCAUGUGUUAUUGUUCUCUUCUUUAUAACACACAGAUCUGUGAAAGGUGGGUGUUUACUUUAUGGGGCUGUGUGAUGGCUGGGGCUGCAGCUGCAGAGGGACACAGUGCUGGGUGUGAUCUGGAGAUGCAGGAACCUUGGGCAGAGGCUUUGACAGUGUAUAGUAAAUGCUGUGUUUGCCAGAGGGAGACAGGCCUGCUGUACAAGUUCUUAAUGUAAAGUUUUAGGGCUUGAUUUUAUCUCUGCCUCCUGUUUAAGAAAGGGGGGACGAGUCACCAGAUUGCAAAAAAAAUGUCUUUUCCUCUGUAAUUUCCAUUAAAUCCAUCAAUCAGAUGUUUUCUCAUGCUAGUUUUAUAACAAACACUGAAUCACGUCUUCUGGUUUUAUAGAAAACAAUGAAUCAGCCUUUGAUUUCUACUCCCCCUCCUUGGCUGUUCCACGCUGUUGGUAAGGUAUAGGAGGACAUAAGGGUAUGUUUUCUCCCAACCUGUUUAACUCUUCCCUUGUGCUGUUGGCUACUGUUGAGAGAGACAGGAUGUUUGGGUUCAGUAAGCUGCUUCUUGUGUUAUGUUCAGGUGUUCUUCCUACCCAAGUUCUGAAAGCUUCAGUGGAUUUUGCAGAAAAUGCAUCUAUAUACAAAGCAAAAUCAAGCAAAAAUGAGUUUCUCUAUUCCUGUUAGUUAUCCUUACUUCUCAAAACUAACAAAUAAUGAUCUUAAAACCAAGUUAAGAUUGUUAAGCGCUUAUGCGUGCAUGUGCAUACUCGUGAUCCUGCUGAAGUGUUAUUUAUAGCUGUACAGCACAGAUGACUGCUUAAAAAAAGAGGGAAAAGCAGCAUGUUGUGGAUGCGGGGUGCAUUGUUUUAUAUUUGUAUGUAGAAAUACCAAUCCAUAUAAUGCUGUGCAGUACAGGAGCACCCCUCAUCGGUUUUAGCAAGCCAAGAAAAAAGAUUUAGACACUUAGGUUUAGUUAGCUUGAACUGCUGAUGAUUCUUUCUUGCUUCACUCUGCUCAUGCUUUGUCUUCUUGAGUUCCUCUACGCUGCUUUGGUUCAGCAUGUUGGUAAGGUACUAGUGUGGCAAGAAAGAGAAUGUGAGAAGCCAUCCUGGUUUAAGUGGUGAUAGUGGGAUAGAUAAAACAAAUCAGUGGAUUAAUAGGUUGAGAAUGAGCUGUGGGUAUUAUUGUAAUACCCCAAACUAUCCUGAGGUUUAGGAAAUUACAUCCUACUUUUUCCUAAUGCCUUUGGGUGCUAUCAGGUCUGCUCUCAGGAGAAGGACAAGUGCACUGUGUUUAACUUUGGGGUUCUUAAUAUAUUACUGGAAAGGCUAUUUUCUGCUGAAAGACUGUCCAUCUGUCUGGUCAAAACCUAUUGCUGCUCUCAUCAUGUUGCCAUCUUUGCAUAUUAUGUGUUAUCCUUCCUUUGAAAUUCAAGUGUUAGUGUUGCUAGAAUUUUUCUUUUUGCUGCUUCUUCUGCAAAAUAAAUUUCUUGCCUAUCUGUCCUUCUUGUUCUGUGUGUAUGUUUGUGUAUUUGGACAUUCCAUUGUUACAGGUGUUAGGAAAUUGAAAUACAAUGAUGGGUUAGUGAAGUAGAGGGAUUUGUGGUGCUGAAAUGUGAACAGCAUGUGAAUUGGGAUUGGUAGCUACUGCCUCUUGCUUUAAGGAUGGCGAGUGUGAAGAUUGACAGGACAAUUCUUAGUUAUUGCACAGUAGUUGCUGUUGAAGAGUUGAAUUUUCCACGAUUUUUUUGGGAACGUGUUAAACAGGAAAAGUCUGCAAGGUCAGGAGAAGAAUGUCAGUAGGGAUUUAAGGUUUAAAGUUGCCAGUCAUAAAGCAUUGUGAUGCUGAAUGCUAUUGAAAGCUUCUGGGCACUCUUUAGUGAUUGUUAGGCUAGCAUUUGCAUGCCAAAGUAGAAAAUAAUUGUUUUCUUGGGUCAGUAGUGUUACUUGGGAUAGGAAUGGGAUUAUUUCCUUGUGAAUAAAGGUGCCACAGGAAAAAGAGCCUUGAAAUCUUGUUGCUCUGGCUGAUGGCUGUAAAAUCCAGAAUUUUGCAAGGAAAAUGCUUAUACUUGGAGAUUGGAUCGAGUGCUGAAUUUGUCUUGAGAUUUCGUGGAAAGCCUAAGUAGGUGAAGUCUGGGGAAGGAAAUAACUGGUGAUGGAGGAUGCCUCAGCAUCUGCUAGGAUAAAACCCACCCUUCCAUUUCACCAUGUGGUUAACAACUGUUAUAUUCCUGUUGGUCCUGAUUUUCUGUGUUACACAGGAUUGAAUGGUGAUGUUUUACUGCUUUUAAGCUCUCGCCUAACGUUUGAACUGUACUUGUCCUAACUCCACAUAUUCCAUAUGGAGUGGGAUGAAGAGAUGGUUUCCCCCUCCCCUUCCUCUUCAGAAACAUCCAGCACCAAGUCUGCAUAUAGUCUUUGGAGAGUAGACUUGCAUUUCACAUAGAAGGUGAUACAAACCUUCAGGAGAUGUACUUCAGAAAUCAUCUUCUGCCCAGCUGUGUUGAGGUGUGUGGUUUUAUUACCACACAGUGGUCUUACAGAGCUGGGCAACUGUGGAGGGAAGAUCUGAAGGAGUGUUAAUUAAUCCAGUGUCUUACUUCAAAAUUCUUUGAGUUGACUUCUGUCUAGUUGACUUUUCUGAACCGUGCAUUUCUUCCUUCCCACCUGUGUCGGAGGAAAGCUGUUGAGGUAAUGGCUUCUUUGUGCUGUGUGGCAGGGGAGGACAAGGUGCUUCCGAAGGGGCUGGCACCAGCCUGGCUGCCACCGGUCCCGCAAACUCCCCAGCCAACGCGCGUGUGUGCUGGGAGUACCGUGAUGCAUGAGAUCACUGGUUAUUAAUACAGCGUUUUUGAUAUGAGUAAAGGUUUUAUCUGGGGAGUGAAGUGUGUUUUGGCAAUAAGCCCAUACAAAGCAAAUAGCAUGGCCUCUGCGUCUCUAGUUAUGACCUCAUAUCUCAUUGUUUGUCUUCCAGCAGAAGCCUUGUAUUGUUCGAUUAUUCCACACAGUGCUCUUAGAAUCUGUAGUCCCUAAUAAGAAAGUUGCUUUCCUCUCAUAACUUGUAGGUCAUCUUGCAUGUUAAGGUGCAUUUGAUCAGGAAAGGCUGUAAUGCUAGUUUUAGUUAUUCACAGCUCUGGGUUUAUUUAUUUAUUUGUAUUGUAACCCACCUUUUAAUGGUUGCCAUGAUAGAGCUCUUUAUGGGAUGGUUUUUAACAGCUUUUCCAGUUUUUGAGAUCCAGCCGGGUACUUCGGGUCCGCUUAACUGCUUUAGGGAAGUCUACACCUGGCUGCCCUAUUUUUCCCUCUCUGUAGCUAUAUGGGAUAGAUUACAUUUUUUCUCUGUUAUGAACAGAAGUCAGUCUGUCUGUGUGUAGGUUCAAACAGAAGACGGAUUCCGGCAGCCUGAUGUACAGCUUUGGGUCAGGGCUGUGGAGGUGACAGCUGAGGCACUGUGACCCUGCAGAAACACCUGCAGGCAGGUAGGGGACAAGCAGAGGAGGGCUACCUUCGAGCUGUGGCAGGAGAGGGUUGCUGGCCUUCCGCUGUCACUGAACCAUUCUCAGUUCAAAGCCUGUGGCUGUCUGCCACUCUUUUUUUUUUUUUUCACAGAGAUGCUCUUCGGAAAGAUUUGGCUGACUGUCAAGCUUAAAAUCAAAUGGCUCAGAUUAGAUGAUUAGAUUAGCUUUCAUGGCAUUUCAUUUGAUUGUUUUAAGACAGAGACCAUUAUAAUUUGAUGAAAUACUUGCAAGCAUUGCUGCUUGCAGUAAGAAAUAAACUGCCUUCGUGCGGCAUAAAACUGUUCCAUCUCAGCAGCCUGCAGUCUCGCUUUUGGGUGUUUGUGCAGAACGUCUCCACAGCCCUUGUUGGCCUGAGCUGCUGACAGAAACAUGGAGUACAUUUGUUUUUCUUUUUCUCCUGUAUCUGCUGGUCUGUGAAGUCAGUACAAGCACAUACUCUUGCUUCAUUUUUAAAAGUGUUUUCUCUAUGAAAGCUGGAGAAACAGUAAGCUGUUUGCUAGCUGAGGAAUGCCAACCUUUUGGCUUCAAGCAGUGGCCCCCUCCAGAAGCUUUGUCCCUACAGACCGUUCCUCCUAACUUCCCACAUACUCUGGGUGUGUUUUUUGUCUAAUGUGGUUCUGGGAAGCUAGCGGAUGCUCUGAGCUCUGUCAUAUUUCCACAGUACUUCACAGAGAGGAAUUGUGCAAUAGCAGAAUGAAAGAUAAGCAAGACCAGUAUGAGGAUGUCACAGGAAUCUGCCGUGCUGUCAGUUCCCUGCUCCACCCAGUAGGCAGAAGUAGCAGAAAGCCUUGUAAUUAAGUGAUUCCUUUAAGCAGAAGACUGAAAAGUGGGUGUAAGCUUCAGCAGCAAAAGCAUCACGGACUUUUUCGUCUUUGUCCUGGCACAGCAAUCAAGACUGAGGAAAAUGCCUGCAUAAAGCAAAGGCUUCUCUUGUCCCAUGUACGCUGUUAAGGUUCUUGUGGAUAGAAAUGAACAGAAAUUAACAUACCUUCUAGCAAUGAGUCUAUCAUCCAGGUGUGCAAGGAAAAAUCUGCCCAAUAUUUUCAGCUAGCUGUGAAUCUCAGAGAUGAGAUAUGCUCUGGAGGACAGCAUCUCCUGUUUGGUGCUGAGGCAGCUGAUGUCUGUCAGGGAUGUUUACCUUUAAGAUUGCUGUGCUGUUCACUCUUUACUUCAACCAGCCUUAUGGCUAUUAGGUAAUGAAAGCUUUUUCUGUCCCUCUAUUUUAUCACCUCUAAGAUUAAGCUUCAACUGAGACGCAAAGCUGGAUAUUUUUGGGGGUCUGAACUGUAAAUGAUGGUCUUAAUAUUGAUGAGAUCUGCAUUGAUUACAUCAUAUUUAACUGCAGAAAUCAACCAAUACUUACAUAAUUUCAAUUACAUGGAGAAAACGUUAUCAGGCUUCUGGCUGUGGGAACUCUCCCUGGGGCUGACAGCAGCCAUGGGAUCGGGGCAGGUGCACCUGCCUUCCAGCAGGGCCACAAAAAAGGCAUUGUCUUGGCCUAGUCUCUCUCCUAAAACAAAAACAAGUGGGUUUCCAUUUCUCACCUGGUUGGGCUUUAAGAGAUGCUUUUGUAUGAGAAAGUGGAAUUUACUCUCAGCAUCAGUAAUCAGUUACCUAUCACCACUUUGGAGCACAUGGGGGAUGAGGAGCCCAUUCUUUUCUAAAAACACUCAUUGAAGCAUUUAUUUUGUUUUGUGCAUUUUUUCAGAUACAUAAAAUUAAUUAAAAAUAAGUUCUGGACCGCUGCUCUUAUUUAAGUGUGAUAAAUACUUGGUUGGUGCUUUCAGCUGUACCUAGAGCUAAAUGGAAGCAUCUCCUUUCCCUAAUGAGGCUGUUUUAUUUCAGCCUUGUCUCUGCAGUGAUACCUCAAGGAACUGCCCAAAAUGUGUGGAGAGACAUGAGACUCAAGUAAGGGAGAAUCAUGACAGUUUUUGCCCUUAUAGUGAAGUGUAGUAGUGGGAUCUCACUGGAGAAAGAAGGAUGCAGCUGAGAUGUUCUAUUGGUGUAACUGUGAAUGUGAGAAUGUACUGGGGCCUGAACUACUGUGUGUGGUGUGCGUCUGUGAGAGCAGCAUGCCCUCGUGUCCCAAGGGCAGACUGUCAGGUCUCUUCAGGGCAAAAGCAGGUGCUGAGUUGUGGCCUGCACUGGGUGGGAAUGGGCUGCCAGGGAUGCAGGGCUGGGGGUGCUCUGCUCCCGUCUCUGGGCCUGGGCUGGGAGCCAUCUCUCCCUAAGGAAGAUGCUCACAACAGCAGGAGAGCUAGCUGAAUUGGAGGGAAGAUCUGGCAUGUUUAAUUUCCAUUUUCAAGUUAUAUGGUCUUGAUUUAUGCUAUAUUAUAUUUCUAUUAUGUCAGGGCAAUGUUUUUAGGGAUCUAGUUAGCAUUAUUUAAUCAGACUGGCUAGAUUAAUUUAGUAUCUUGUUCCCGUGAAUAGUAUUCUUCAGACAAUAAACGAGGCUCUAGUUCAUUAAAAGUUUUUUGGGCUAUCAGCCUUAGUUCAUUGUGUCUCUAAGAUAAUGUUAGGAGUAAUGAACCAAGAGCGUCAUUUAUGCUUUUGCAUCUGGCACUCCUGUUCUCCUCGUAUUUCUGUAAUAGUAGAACUCAGCAGUGAGAAUCAUGUCUGUUUUGGAAGAACAGCAUUCUCAGGUCUGAUAAUGCCAUUCUCUUUUACUUCAACCUGUGCUUCCUGGGCUUGUGCCAAGAUGACGCUUGGACAUACAGGAGCUACAGGUUUUGAAUGUUAAUUUUUGCAGUACAGAGCUGUAUGGAGCUGCAGUUUUUGUGACCUAACAUUAAGAUGUUACAGAAGUCUGGGAAGCUCUAUCAGCGGUUCAAUUAUAGGAAUUUUCUAUGUCUUAUUAAAAUAAACACUUGGUGUCUAUGGAUUCUUAAUAGGGUAACAGUCUUAAAGUCUAUGAAAUGUAUUUAAUCAGAGGUAAUGCAUGAAAAUGUCUUCUCAAUUAUGCUGUGCUCUGAAGCACGUACGUUCUUUGUGAAGAUGUUACAGUGGUUACCUUUCAGAAAACAAAGUUGUUCUGCUUCACAGCAGUGGUUGGGGUCUGUGCCACACAUACACCAUGCCUGGGGGCAGCAGUGUGUUUGUAGAGCACCUCCUGCCCGUGCCCUUACAGCCACUGCUGCUUUAGGUGCCUUUGUUUGGUUUAUUUAUUUAUUGGAGUUGUAUGCUGUGCCUUUAAAACAGGAGUUAGGUUCUUGCUGGUGGUGGCUGCACCAGCAGGGAAAGCAAAGCAGAGUAUUUUAGUAGGUGCUUUUUCUCCAUACAUUCUUUUUCUCUGCUUGUGUUUUAUUAUCCUUUUUGUGAUUUUUCUGGUAGAAUGGAGGUGUAGUGAGUCUGUAAACAAUCUGUAUGGCUGUUAUUUCAUGUACGUUUUGUAUGAAUUAGGAUUCCAUUUUGUAACUGUUGUAUAAUGUUGGAAAGUUUUAGUGUUUGGUAAAGUGUGAAGCUGCCAUUUAUCUCCAGAGAUCUGUUUUUGUCUAACUGGUGCUUACGGAUUACAGCUUGCUUCUUGUUCUCUUAACUCUGCAGUGGCCAUCUAGCUAAAGGAGCAGGCUGAGUUUAUUCCUGGGACCUGGGAAAGGAAGUCCUUUCUGUACAAAUGCAAAAAGCUUGUGUGGUUACCGUGAGAGCCCCGCCGUCACAGCGCUCUCCUAGUGAUGACAGAUGAAAUCCAAAGCCUCUCAUCUAUUUCUGGUCCUAAGACAAUGAAAAUCCAUAGGGAAAAAAGUGUUCACCUUGCAAUGACCGAGAUACUUUGGCUCAGAGUUGUGCAGCCCAUUUUGAGAGCAGAAUUUUGUCUUGGAUUUGAAAUCCACUGAGUGUUUUUUCUGUUGCUCACACAUGUCCAUCUGGCAACGUGUUUUGGGUUGUAUUUCCCAUCGGUGCAGUGAAAAGGAUUGCGUGGCUCUGAGACUUUUUGUGACAUAGCACAGGGUCUGCUGCCUCAGCUCGUUCCUCAUGGCGUCCUGCUCUGAUCUCUUGCUACCGCACCUACUGCAAGAAGCAGUGGUUUACAGAGAUCCUUGCAUUGCUGCCUGAAACUUACUUACCUCACACAGUUUGUUUGGCUUGUGAUUCAUUUACGGGAUUGAGCAAAGAAAAGGGGAUUGAGGCUGAAAAUGCUUUGAAAUGAGUCCUGUAUACGUUCAGCGCUCAGGAAUGUUGUGCGACUGGCGUGAUGAUGGUCUGUGUCUGCAGGCUUGCAAGCACAUCUGAGCAUUUUGCAUGGCAUACUGGCAACCAUGAAGAAUAUUCAUCUCUAUAUGGAUGCUUGCCUGCCUUACAGCGACACAAAGCCUUCAUUAAUAUUUGCAAUAUGAGAUUAAUGAAAGCACAAACAAAGGGUUACUAGAAGGGAAUGGAUCGGACCGCUUUAAUACAUCUGUGGAUGUUGAGGAAAUUCUUUGUGUUUUGACAGAAGAUGAAAAAACUGUGACUGUGGGGAAGGUGAGAAAUGCUCCUCCACAGAUACCCAGGUUAGCUUCGUCUUUGUAAGAAGUUCCUUUCCAAGCUUUCUGGCACGGCUGGGCAUUCCGAUUGCAAAAGGAGGAUCAGGAGGAGAAACUUCUAAAGAUUGCAUGCAGAAUUAGAGGAACUGUAUCGGAAACUCCGUGCUGCUCUCAAGCUCUUCGCUCUCAAGUUCUGGAGUUGCUGCUUUUUUUCCCGUGAGGAUAAUGCCACGUUCGUCACCCAAGAUAGAAGUAACCGAAACAGAGCUGCAAAGGUUUUGUUUUGCUUUUGGUUUCUCUGCUCUCGCGCUAAUUGGAUUUUUCCCAUCUUCAAUAGGAGGAUUAUAAAAGAAUUAGUGAAGCUGUUUUUUCUGGGGAGGGCAGUGGGGGAAGGUAGCUGUUGGUUUUUCUUCUCUCACUUCUGGGACUUCCUUAAUCUGCCAUUUGUUCCUUGAAGCCACUGCCUACUUAGAAAAAGGAGCAGCAGCGUAACAGAUGAACUUGUAAGACCAUGGAUUCCUUCCCUUUCGCGAACUUUGUGGCUGCUUGUAAAGGAGGUUUUUGCAUACAUAAGCAUCAAAUGAAUAGUAUCCUGGGCUGGGUUUAAAAGAAACAAACUGCUGCUGUCCUGAAGAAAGGAGAAAUUCCAUUUAAAUUACAACGUGCAGAGGGUUGAAUGUUGUUCCAGUUUUGAAUUUUGGUGAAAGAAAGGGAAGAUCCGAUCAAGUAAAAUACUCUGCCAGCCAAAACCCACAUGUUCUACAGCUAAAACUGGAAGAUGUCUUGGAAAAGAAGUUACUUUUCUGUGGGCCGAGGGAAUGUCCAGGGGAUGUUUACUCCACGAAGUACAACUUCGAUAGCACCCAGUAAAGGUCUCAGCAACGAACCAGGGCAGAACAGUUGCUUCCUGAACAGCGCUCUACAGGUUCUUUGGCACCUUGACAUUUUUCGCCGCAGUUUCCGACAAAUCUCAACGCACAAAUGUAUGGGAGAUUCUUGCAUCUUCUGUGCUCUCAAGGGUAUCUUCAACCAGUUUCAAUGUAGCAGUGAGAAGGUGCUGCCUUCAGACGCCCUACGCACAGCUCUUGCAAAGACAUUUCAGGAUGAGCAGCGGUUCCAGCUGGGCAUCAUGGAUGAUGCUGCUGAAUGUUUUGAAAACCUGUUGAUGCGAAUUCACUUCCACAUUGCGGAUGAGACAAAGGAAGAUAUUUGCACUGCACCACAUUGUGUUUCGCAUCAGAAGUUUGCAAUGACCUUGUUUGAACAGUGUGUUUGUACCAGCUGUGGUGCCACCUCUGACCCAUUACCUUUCAUCCAGAUGGUACAUUAUAUCUCCACAACAUCGCUCUGCAAUCAAGCUAUUUGUAUGCUGGAGAGACGUGAGAAACCCACUCCAGAUAUGUUCGGAGAGCUACUACAGAAUGCCAGCACUAUGGGAGACCUGAGAAAUUGUCCGAGUAACUGUGGGGAAAAGAUACGUAUUCGUCGUGUGCUGAUGAACUCUCCACAGAUCAUCACCAUUGGACUGGUUUGGGAUUCAGACCACUCUGAUCUGGCUGAGGAUGUUAUUCACAGCCUGGGAACUUGCCUUAAACUGGGAGAUCUUUUCUUCAGAGUAACUGAUGACAGAGCAAAACACUCAGAGCUGUAUUUGGUGGGAAUGAUUUGUUACUAUGGAAAACAUUACUCUACUUUCUUCUUCCAAACUAAAAUUCGUAAAUGGAUGUACUUUGAUGAUGCUCAUGUCAAAGAGAUUGGUCCAAAAUGGAAAGAUGUUGUGACAAAAUGUAUUAAGGGUCAUUAUCAGCCUUUACUGCUGCUGUAUGCUGAUCCAAGAGGAACUCCAGUAUCAACACAAGACUUGCCCUCUCAAGUGGAUUUGCAGCAAUAUAGUAGGACUUGCUAUGACAGUGAAGACUCAGGGAGAGAACCUUCCAUCUCAAGUGAUACCAGAACAGAUUCCUCUACGGACAGCUAUCCUUAUAAACAGGCACACCAUGAGUCUGUGGUCAGCCACUUCUCUUCUGACUCACAGGGAACGGUCAUCUACAACGUGGACAAUGAUGCAGCUUCUCAAAGCAGCAGGGACACAGGGCACCUGACUGACAGUGAGUGUAAUCAGAGGCAUAUUUCCAAAAAGAGCUCACUGGCAGACCGCAAGAGGAGUUCUAGCCGGUCUCGGCGAAAAGGAGAUGAGGCUCAGUCAUCAGGAUACCAUAGUGAAGGAGAAACUUUGAAGGAGAAACAAGCCCCCAGAGCUGCCCCCAAACCAUCCAGCAGCACCAGCAGACUAAGGGAAUUUAAGGAGACAGUGAGCAAUAUGAUCCACAACAGACCACAGCAAAUUUCUCAGACCAACCAAAAUGCCCCUCAUGGAGGGAGUCAUAUGGAUCAGGCAGAAACGCGACCCUCAAAAAGCCUCUCUGUGCACUCCAGAGACUGGGAAGUCGAGAGUACCAGUAGUGAGUCUAAAUCCAGUUCAUCUAGCAGGUACCGGCCAAGCUGGAGACCCAAGAGAGAGUCUCUAAAUAUAGACAGCAUCUUCAGUAAAGACAAGAGGAAGCAUUGUGGAUACACUCAACUUAGUCCUUUCUCUGAAGAGGCAGGUAAAGAGCUUAUGGAGAACGAGGUCAAGGAACAUACUGUUCAAGAAACAAGAUCAAGCCAGUCAAAUGUCAGAUACAAGCGUCCUGUGCUAAGCCGUGGUACCCAGCAUGUGAUGGAUCAACAUCCUCAUCUAAUACAGAGGAUGGAGUCUGGAUAUGAAAGCAGUGAACGCAACAGCAACAGCCCAGUUAGUCUGGACAUACCCUUGUCUGAAAGCUCAAGCACCCACAGGAGGGACAUUCAUAUGAAACGAACAGGUGGAUUGGUUCCUGCCUGGCGUAGCAUCCCAAAGUCUCACAGUAGCAGCAUACUGGAAGUGGAGCCUACUUCAUCAAAUGGGAGCUGGGCAAACAGCCCACGCACCUUUGGAAAUGGUGGGGAGAUGUUUGCCCCUUUAAAGAGUGAACUGGAUGAAUUGCAAGAGGAGGUGGCAAGAAGAGCACAUGAACAAGAACUACGCAGGAAAAGAGAAAAGGAAAUGGAGGCAGCGAUGGGCUUUAAUCCCCGUCCCAGCAGGUUCAUGGAUCUAGAUGAGCUACAGAAUCAGGGGAGGAGUGAUGGCUUUGAGAAGUCCAUGCAGGAAGCAGACUCGAUCUUUGAAGAGUCGCUGAAUCAGGAGCAGAAGGGGGAUUGUGCUUCAGCUUUGGCUCUCUGUAACGAAGCUAUAUCUAAACUAAGACUUGCCAUGCAUGAUGCCAACUCUAGCACUCACAGCAGAGCCCUAGUCGAUAAGAAGCUGCAAAUCAGUAUCCGAAAAGCCCGGAGCCUCCAGGAUCGCAUGCAGCACCAACAGCCAUCGCAGCCGCUGCCGUCGCCAACCUGCCACCCACCGCAGGGUGGCACCGUGUCCCAGUCUACAAGUGAACAGACUGGCCCGUUCCAAGUACUGCUGAGCCAGGAGGUACCACUGGAACCCAACAAGGAAGUGGAAUUUGGGUCCAGUUCUUUCUUCCACCCACCUGCUUCCUGCCAUGAAUUGCACUCAUCAUUAUAUCCAGAGUCUUCCUCCCUGUCCCCUCCUGAAAGCAAUCCAUCCAACAGGAUCUCUCCAAACUUCCAGUCUGCUUCUUCUGAUUUUCAUGACCAAGUUCCCUCUUUUCCCUAUAGGCAAGGGUUAGCAGAGAGGUCUGCAAGAACUGAGAAUGAUGCCCACCAUAGUGUGGAAUUUACUGACACUACAGCCGCAGGGCCAAAAGAAUAUAGGGAAUGCUGCAGUAGCAGCAAGUUAGAAGAGGUUCAUAGCAUAGCACCCAUUCUCACACCUCAGUACAAAUCCAAGACUAACACAGUAAACUCUGGGUCUUUGCCUACACUGUUUCCCUGUCCACAUCCACCACAAGCAGCAUCUCCUGAAAAGGACAACCAGCACAGUCCUUGUUCCAAACUUUCAAGCUCUCCAGUGCGGCCCAGCAUUGAUCAUUUAGGGAGCUAUCGUGAAAUGUCCCCUGCAACUUCAUCCCCUUCACAGCAGUGCUCCCUGGAUCCUUUGCAGAAAACAGAUAAAUACUCCAGAGCAAACAGUCAUGAGAUUUUAUUACCCUCACAGGAUGAAUACGGUAUAGCAGAAGGUUGCAAAUCUGAGGCUUUUAGUACAAAGGGACACGUUCGCUCCUUGGCAGAGCAGUUUCAGAAAAUGCAUGCAGUCUCCCAGAGGAAAGGUACUCAUGAAAGAGGCUGGAUUUCUGCAGUAUGUCAGGAUGAGACGUCUCCAAAACAAAUACAAAAAUCUUCCUUCAACCCUUCACCCUCUGAUUACAGACAGCUAAUCCAUCAAAACCAAGAGAACAAAACCCAGUCUUCUGAAAAAUUACAUUCAACUGUGGAUAUUAGGGAUGGGGUAGUUUCUCUGGAGGGUAAGCAGGUUGCUUCUAAGAGUAUUUGUUCUAUCAGUGAAGAGCUGUGUAGAAGAGGUGGACAGAAUAUAGUAGACCCUGCACCCUACCUGGAAAGGCACUGUCAUGAUGGAGGAAUGAAACAGGUGGAUGAUGGAGCUUCUAGUAGCAUGGUUGCCUCUAUGCCUGUGGACCGCUGGGUGGAUAAUGUUACUAGGUAUUACAGUUCUCAGAAGGAUAAUAAGAAUACUGAAUGGCUUCCUGUACCUGGCAGAAGUCCAUCCCUUUCUGAUCAGAGAGCAGUUGGAGAUGACUUGAGCAGGAUCCCAGUACAUCUGCAUCCACAGUGGAAUCAAGACACAGAACAGGAGCUCUCAGAACUGGAAUCCCUCUAUCAGACUAGUCUGCAGGCAUCUCAGGCCACUAGACCUUUCUUGGGAAGACAGGACAGUGCUAGGUAUCCAUUUGACCAUUCAGUCUCUGCAAACCUGAAUGUGAGGAAGCUGCAUACUACAGCUGGCAUGGGUCUCUCGAAAACCCCGACAGCAGAGAUCGAGCGCAGUCUGUAUGGUUCCACUGUCUCUUCUGUCUCCAAGGUCACAUAUACCAGAGAACAUAGCAGGGAACCAGAAGAGGAAGAAAUGUACAGUGCAGAGAAUUUCCGUCGCAUUGCUCGCAGUCUCAGUGGGACAGUUGUCUCGAACAGAGAAGAGACCUUGGUCUCUUCUCACAGUUUUGAAGCACCAAAUAUGAGGAAAAUGCCAAUGGAAACCAGCCACCGUUCUUCCAGCUCCACUUCCCUUCCUUUCCCCCAUGAUCCUCCUGUGUUUCCCUUUGAUCCCCAGCACACCCCAAACCAGGUGCAGCACCUACCCCAUGAUGUACUGGUGCCCAGCAUGGUGGGCAAGGCACGUAAACCAUCAGGAGAUCAGAAGAACAUCAUCCAGAAACUUCUGGUUAUGCCUGACAGGGGUGAAGCUUUCCAAGGUGAAGACUACCCAGGUAUGGCACUGAGCUAUGGCAGUCUCCCUUGUGCACCCAGAGGCACCCUCUCCCAGGGGCAAAAACCUCUUCCUAAUCUGUGUUCAGGAGGUGGAGCAUCAAAUGUCUCUGGCCAUUGGCUGAACAGAAGCUACCCUGCCAGACAAACAGCAACGUUACCAGAUAAACGAAUGACACUCUGGGGUAAACGUUCUGGCCAACCAGGCAAGAGUUUACAGGAAGGCCUCCUCCAGCAGCCUUCACAACAUCAAAUGCUUGAGUCUUAUGCCACCAGUUGCAGGCUGCCAGCCAGCACAGACUACAGCACUUUAAGAGUACCACAUCAGCCUUCUUGGGACCUCAGUGCCCCUCAAGGUUGUCCUGUGCCCCCUUCCUCUGUUAAAGCCCCGGGUCCAAGGAGAGUUGAUAUGCCCCCAGAAGAAGACUGGCGACAAAACAGCUAUACCCCCCAGCCGGGCAGAAGGUGGAUGCUGCCAGUGCAUGUGAAGGAUGGAACUUUUUCUUCAGCUUCAGAGGCACACAGAAAUAUGCUGGCUCGAGCAGCAGCAGCUACUGGCACUGUGCAAAAAAAUGGGUGGUAAGGCCCCAUCCACUCCAUGCACCAUGAUAAAUCCCCCUGUGAACAGACUAUUGCGGUUGCUAUAGUGUGGAUUAUAUGGAGACAGCGAACUCUUUCAAUCAGUUACCUGUGCCAGUUUUGUCUUAAAAUGUAGCUAUGUAAUAUGUGGAAACUAAUUGCACUGUAUUUCUUUUCUGACACUACUGAACUGCUGUCUGGAUGGGGAAUCUUAGCUAUUAUAGUCUUGGCCUCUUCUAGCAAAAAGCGUUGUAGGAAUAUGUUAGGCAUCAGGGGCAUUGGUUUACGGGUAAGUUCAAAAGUAUACGCAUGUUUUGAAGGAAGAUGGCCGUUAAUAUAAGGACAUUUUUAAGGAUUUUUCAUGAAAUGUAGCUUUGGUAAAUUCUUUGCGUACAAAGCCAAUUACUUUGUUUUCUUCUCCUUCCUCUUCUCUUUCCUGCAUAGGGAAAAAAUAAACUAACCAACUUCCCAGGUUCCAGUAAAUCUGCACUUGACAAGCUGGACGUUAGUAAAACAAAUCCAGUUCUCAGUGUACUGAGAUCUCAUUUCAGAGAUCACAGCUGCAGUUGCUGCUGAGGAAGUGUCAGGGAGACAUUGUUCAUUGGUAAACCAGAGUUUUUCCCCACUUCCUUAAGGCAAACUAACAAUGCUUCAAGCAGAAAAGAUUGUUAAUGCUGCACGCUUAAUGACACCAAUGUAAACACAGAAUAAGUUUAACUAUUUUAGUGUCAAACAUACUUGCUUUUGUAAGUAUUUUUCAAAUAAACCUAUGAAAAUAGUUCUA